GUGUCUGUGCAGAAAUCGUAUAGUAACUGGAGCCCUAGCUCCGUGGAUUCAGUGCAUUUUGCGAUUCAAUUUUAAACUCCAGGCGGUAUCUCACAGAAACCCUGUCAUGAAGCUGGUAACUGUGUUUCUGCUGGUGACCAUCAGCAUUUGCAGUUACUCUGCUACUGCCUUCCUCAUCAACAGUUUGCCAGAUGCUGUCAACAAAUUACCUUUACCUGUGGACAACAUUCUCCCUUUUAUGGAUCCAUUAAAGCUUCUUCUGAAAACUCUGGGCAUUUCUGUUGAGCACCUUGUGGAAGGGCUAAGAAAGUGUGUGAAUGAGCUGGGACCAGAGGCCUCUGAGGCAGUGAAGAAACUGCUGGAGGCGCUGUCGCAUUUGGUGUGAUGUCAGCACAAAACAGCCGCAGAGGGGAAGGGGAAUGGUGUUCUCCUCCAGGGCUAGAAUUCCUUCCAUCCUAAAAUGUAGUGACCCCUGAAAAGAAUGAAUAAAGCAAUGAAUAGAU